AUGCCGCUAUUAAGACAGAAGCUUGCCAGCGUCGUAAUACUCAACGAUCUCGAUAGCAUCAAGAAGUUCUAUACGCGGAAGGAGUUCCUCAACCGUUCCCGGUUCUGGGUAAUGCAGUCUAAUAGGUUUCAAGGUCUAGGAACCAUGAAUGGUGAUACCUGGAAGCUCAACCGACGAUUCUGCAUGCACACCCUCCGAGACUUCGGCAUGGGCAAGUCCUACGCAAUGAAGGACAUCGUGGAGGAGUUCCAGUGGGCCUGCAGUCAGAUCGCUAAGGCAGAAGGGGAACCCGUUGCCUUCUACGACUACAUCGUGGCCUGCGCCUACAACAAUAUAUUGGCCAUAGUCUUCGGACGCCGCUUUCCGUACGACCACCCGGCGCGCGCCGACAUCAACCGUCUUGUAAACCGUUGGCUGGCGGCCGUACAAUUCAGCCUCCGCAAUCAGUAUAACCCAGGCUUCGUCACGGCGAUUAGGAAAAGAGUUCGCGGCACAGAAGUCAACCUCGCAAGACGCAAAAUGGAAGACUUGGGUCUCUACGUUUACGACAGGAUAAUUGAACACAAGGCCACGGCGGAAAACGGUGUAAACCGGGACUUCGUCGACGCAUACCUGAGGAAAAUACAAGACAGCGAUGAUGUCUCCAAACCACAUUUCACAGGGCCCGGUAGCUGCGUCGCCGAGGUGCCUUGCUCGAACGCCGUCGAGUACGCCGGGCACACCUCGGGACGCCCGCGUCAUCAGCCGCAGACCCGAACGCUCGUCGCUUCCGUCGCCAGUGCGCAGGCUGGCGGUGCAACCUUCCGCUACCGAGUCCACCCAGACAAUCCCAGCUCACUCCGCUUCGUGUUCUUUCACGGCUCGGUGCAGCGAGAAAUUGAUGAAGUGAUCGGCCGAGACCGGCGACCAACGUGGGAGGACCGACUGCGCAUGCCCUUCACCAUGGCCAGCGUGUGGGAGAUGGACCGCUGGAAAACAAGCACGCCGCUAGGCGUACCAAGAGAAGCCUCUGAAGACGCCGUCGUGGAUGACUUCUUCAUUCCGAAAGGCACAGUGAUCAUGGCCAACUUCUGGGCCGCGCACUUCGACCCCAAGGUUUGGAGGGACCCUCACAAGUUUGACCCCACUCGUUUCUUGAACGAGGACGGAACACUCAUGGCGCGCAAACCUGAAUGCCUCCUGCCAUUUUCCGUAGGUCAACGCAGCUGCCCAGGUGAGACCCUGGCCACUGUAGAAACCUUCCUGGGCGUCACAUCACUCCUCCAACGAUUCCGCGUUCUGCCCGCUGGCAAGAUGCCUUUCGACAUCAACAGUCCUCCAUAAUGUCUGCUGACGUACGACACCUCAAGCUGCAAUUCCUGGACCGGGGCCUGGGUCUCUAAACGCUGAAGGUAGCGAGGGUCGGUCACGAGAAAGAUAUCUGGGGGAUGAUGGUGCAACAGAGACGACUGGACACAGUGUUCCAGCCUGAGCAACGAAAGAAAAAGGACGUUGAGAAGGAUAAAACUCAAAACGGGUGGGUAUAGCGUCAAAUCGCGUUUUCUUACGUAUAGUUUCUGCCUUGCAUUUUGUUGCGUU